AUGGCUCCCCACACGACCGCUGUCAACGUCCAAGACGGGGCAAAGGAAAGCCCUUACCCCCCGAGCCCUAGGGAUUCUUUCGAGAAAACCGGAGAUGUCAUCGAGGCACCAACUGAUCACGUGGCUUCUACCUUGCAUCGCCGAUUGACCACCCAUCAGAUCCAGCUCUUGACCAUCGGAGGCGCCAUAGGUUCUGGAGUCUUUGUAGCUAUGGGCGGCGCAUUGGCUACCGGGGGCCCUGCGAGUCUUAUUCUCGGUUACCUUUUGCAGACCUGCCUCAUCGGGAUGGCCAAUAACUGUGUCGCUGAGAUGGUAUGCUUCAUGCCUGUUCCCGCUGCCUUCAUCCAGCAUGCGACUCGCUGGGUUGAUCCAGCCUUGGGAUUUAUGGUUGGGUGGAACUACUACUUCUACAUUGCCCUAGGUAUACCCUUUGAGCUUGUCGGGACGAGUUUGAUCUUGGGUUUCUGGAGGGAUGACAUUCCUGUUGCCGCCGUCAUCUGUGUCUUGGCUGCUAUUUACGUAUUUCUUAACGUCUUUGCCGUUAACUGGUAUGGUGUUUCCGAGUCAUGGCUUACUUUGGGAAAGCUUCUUCUCUUUGUCAUUGUCUUUCUAUUCACCCUGAUCACCAUGAGCGGAGGAAACCCACAGCGUGAUGCGUAUGGAUUUAGGAAUUGGAGUCCGGGCGCCUUUCUCGAAUAUCUCAAUACAGGAAGCCUGGGUAAGUUCCAGGGGUUCUUAUCCUGCUGGUUCCAGUCUGCAUUCGUCGUCGUCGGCCCGGACUACGUUUCAACCAUGGCCGGAGAGGCCAAGAACCCCCGUGUUUCGCUAAAGAAGGCUUACAAGACUAUGUACGCGCGUUUCGCCGUCUUCUUCGUCGGUUCAGCCCUAUGCAUCGGUAUUGUAGUGCGCUCCAAUGACCCGACCCUAGUCGGUGUCCUCAACGGCACGGAAUCUGGUGCUGGAACUGGCGCUGCGUCGCCCUACGUUAUCGCAGCCAAGAACAUGAACAUCGCCGUCCUCCCGAGCAUCAUUAACGCCCUCCUUUUGACUAGUCUUGUCUCGGCGGGCAAUAACUUUGUCUUCUCGGCUACACGUGGACUGUAUGGUAUGGCGCUUAAUGGCCAGGCGCCUAAGUUCCUCCAAUAUACCACCCAGCGCGGCGUUCCCAUCUACUGUCUGGGAUUCACCAUGCUCUUCUCUGCGAUUGCGUUUCUGCAACUCAAUGACAGCUCUGCUAAAGUAUACUACUGGAUCGUCAACUGCGCCACAGCUGCCGGAAUCAUCAACUACAUUGUAAUGAGCAUCACCUACGUCUUCUUCUACAGAGCCUUAAAGAAGCAAAACAUCGACCGGUCAACACUACCAUAUCGAGGUUGGGGCCAGCCUUACAUGUCCUACGUCGCCAUCUUUAUGCUUUCCGCAUUGCUGCUCUGCUUUGGCUACCAGAGCUUCACUCCCGUGUGGAGUAUCGAGAGCUUCUUCAUCUAUUACACAUUUCUACUACUUGGUAUCCUCACAUAUACCUUUUGGAAGGUGAUCCACCGCACCAAGUUUGUCAAGCCGGAGGAGGCUGAUCUCAUUUGGGCACACCCGGAGGUUGACGCACACGAAGCCUUUAUUGCUGGGGAGCAGGAAAUCGGCUUCUGGAGAGAGACUGCAGCUAUGGUCGGUAUUAAGAAGUAUCGUAAUAGGGCCGAGGAGAAUAUUUAA